UCACGUUCGUCUCCAAAGAGAAAACCGGUGCCCGUACCGUUUUUCACUGAAGGAAAUUUUUAUUUUCAUGUUGCAAAAACCCGUGGAUUCGGUCAGAUAUAUCAGCCAGCGUAAGAAGAUUAUCAAACAGUGUGAACGAGAUCAGGAUGGGUAAAGCAAAGAAAGGAAAACGAGCUGGCAAGGAGGAGGAGAUGGACAGUGAUGUCGACGUAGAAGAUCAAACUGUUGAAGAGCCUGUAAAAGCGAAGGUCAAAGGAAAAGACAAGAAAAAAAAACAGGGAACUGACGCAAGUUCUGAAAAGUCCAAUGAAAAGAAGAAGGACGAGUCUACCGAUGAGUCAGAAGACGAAAAACCUAAGGCGAAAGGAAAAUCUAAAAAAGGAAAGAAAGCACAGGAUUCAGAUGAUGAUUUUGAAACGGAAAAGCCAAAAGUUGUGGCUAAAGCAAAGGCAAAAGUUUCAGCCAAAGCUGGCUUUGCUCUUCUGCAAAUGGAAGGUGAUGAUGAUGAUGACGAUGACGACGAUGAGGAUAUACAGCUGAGUGACGAUGAUUCUGAGGAAGCUGUUAGCGUGAAGAAUACUAAACCCCAACAACAACAAAAGAAACAAGAGCCUCAAGGAAAAAAAGGAAAGAAAGGUAAAAAGAAACGCAAUGACAGCGAAGAAGACAUUGAGAAAGUGCUGGCUGAAUUAGAGCUUGAAUAUUCUGGACAAAAGAAAGAGCCAACAAUUGUAGAAACUGUAACAGAAAAACUUCAGACAACGAAUAUAUCAAAGAAAGAUAUGGAAGAAAAAGAUAAAAAUAAGGAAGAUGAGCCUAAUGAGAAUGAAGGAGAAGGUGGAACCGUGAAAACAGCUGCUCAGAAAAAAAAGGAAAAGAAAGAACGGGAAAGGCAAAAGAAGUUGGCACAGAAAAAAGCGGAAGCUGGUAAAAAAUCCGAAGGUGUCAUUUUGUCACAAGAAAACAAAAUAAUGGAUGAAACGUUACCCAAACCUACUGAAGAACAGGUUGAGCAUACUGAAAAAGAUACUGGUGAAGUUGAAGGUGACGAUGAUGGUGGUGAAGAUGAUAAUAAGAAGAAAAAGAAAAAAGGUGCCAAAGAAGAUCCAAAGGACAAAGACAAAGGGAAAGGUCCGGGCAAGAAAACAAUUAUUGCAAUGCAAGAAGCUUUGAAAAAACUCAAAGAGGAUGAAGAAAAACUGAAACGUGAAGAAGAAGAGAGAAUUAGGGAAGAAGAGAUGAGGGAGAAAGCUAGAUUAGAACAGUUACAGUUGGAACAAGAAAGGAAGGAGAAGAAGAAACUGAAGGAGAAACAACGGAAAGAACGGUUGAAGGCAGAAGGAAAACUUCUAACAAAUAAACAAAAAUUAGAUAGAGCAAGAGCACAGGCGAUGAUUGAUGCUCUAAAAGCAAAAGGUGUAGAUCUGCCAGAUGUUGGGGAGAAGAAAGCGCGGCCAGGUACUAGAGUGAGACCCACCAAGGUCAAGCAGCAGCUGAGUACAGAAGAAAAAGAGAAAGAUGAAGAAAAGAAAUCAGAGAGUGGCGACAAUCCAGAUCAGGUGCAAGUGGAAAUAGUAGAUCAGCAGUUGCCAGAGGAGCCUAAAAAAGAAGCUGAGGUUAAGGACUCCUGGGAUGCUGAAUCUACAGAAGAGGAGCAGGAAGAAGAUCAAUCUGAGGAAAUGUCGCAACCGGAAAAACCAACGGCACAACAAAUUUCCAAAUCCCAGCAGUCAGCGCGCAAGAAGGAAUCGUCUGAAAGUGAAUCUGAGACUGUUAGUGGUAGCGAAUCUGAAACACAAUCCGAAUCUGAUGAUGACAGUGAACCUGACGACAAAAAGACCGAUGCUGAACGUAAAAAAGAACGUGCCAGAAGCAGGAUACAAUCUCGCAGAAUUGAGGCAGAGAAGAAAAAGACCUUAGACAACCUUCGGGCGGCUGUGGUAUGCGUACUGGGGCACGUAGAUACCGGGAAAACGAAAAUUCUCGAUAAACUUAGGAGAACAAAUGUUCAAGACGGCGAGGCAGGUGGUAUUACUCAACAAAUUGGCGCAACCAACGUACCAAUAGAAGCCAUUCAGGAAUCCACUAGAUACGUCAAAGGCUUUGCGGACAAAAAAUUCAAGAUUCCCGGUCUCCUGAUUAUAGACACACCUGGGCACGAAUCGUUUAGUAAUUUGAGAAACAGGGGAUCAUCACUUUGCGAUAUUGCUAUCUUGGUCGUUGAUAUAAUGCACGGACUGGAACCGCAAACAAUUGAAAGUAUUAAUUUGCUCAAGGCAAAGAAGUGCCCCUUUGUUGUUGCCCUCAAUAAAAUAGACAGAUUAUACGAUUGGCAAACAAUGAGUCGAAAGGACGUGCAAGACGUUAUAAAAAAUCAGGCGCCCAAUACGCAACGAGAAUUUGAAACGAGGGCGAAAGAGGUGAUCGUCCAGUUCGCAGAACAGGCUUUAAACGCAGCAUUAUUCUACGAGAAUCCAGAUCCUCGGAGUUAUAUCUCUUUAGUACCAACCAGUGCCGUAACGGGUGAAGGAAUGGGUAAUCUUCUUGGGCUAGUGGUCGACGCCUGUCAAGGGCCCCUGGCCAAGCGACUGAUGUUCAGCGAAGAGCUGCAGGCAACCGUUCUCGAGGUUAAGGCUCUCCCUGGUCUCGGAACAACGAUCGAUUGCAUUCUUGUAAACGGCACGUUGCGAGAGGGGGAUACUAUGAUAGUCGCCGGUACAGACGGACCAAUCGUGACUCAAAUCAGGUCUCUACUGAUGCCGCAACCUCUGAAAGAACUCAGAGUGAAGAACGCCUACAUCGAAUACAGGGAAAUAAAAGCAGCUCAGGGAGUAAAAAUAGCUGCCAAGGAUCUAGAAAAAGCAAUAGCAGGUCUGAAUCUCCAAGUUGCGCAAAAACCAGACGAAGUUGAAUUAUUACGAGAAGAAACCGCCAGGGAACUCACCAGUGCUUUAGGACACAUAAAACUCGCUGAACGAGGCGUCUACGUCCAGGCGUCGACCUUGGGAGCUCUGGAAGCUCUUUUAGAUUUUCUAAGAAGCAGUAAAAUUCCGUACGCUGGGAUAAGGAUAGGUCCAGUGGUCAAAAAGGACAUCAUGAAGGCCUCGAUUAUGCUGGAGCACGAUAGCCAAUACGCAACUAUCCUGGCAUUCGACGUGAAGAUAGAAAAGGACGCGCAGGAAUUGGCCGAUUCGGUCGGCGUCAAGAUAUUCCAGGCUGACAUAAUCUAUCAUCUAUUCGACAAGUUCACCGCCUACAGGGAGGAACUGAAACAACGUAAACGGGACGAGAACAAGCAUAUCGCCGUAUUUCCUUGCAAGCUGCGUGUCCUGCCGCAGUUCAUUUUCAACUCCAGAGAUCCUAUCGUCGUUGGCGUUAUGGUCGAGGCUGGUAUAGUCAAGGAAGGAACGCCGAUCUGCGUCCCCAGCAAGGAGUUCGUCGAGCUUGGGAUCGUCACCAGUAUCGAGUACAAUCACAAGUCCGUUGAAACGGCGAGAAAGGGGCAAGAAGUUUGUGUGAAAAUUGAACCGGUACCCGGGGAAGCGCCGAAGAUGUUUGGCCGACACUUCGACGAGAAGGACUUCCUCGUCAGCAAGAUAAGCAGACAGAGUAUCGACGCAUGCAAGGAUUACUUCAGAGACGAUUUGCACAAAACGGAUUGGCAGUUGAUGGUAGAAUUGAAGAAACUCUUCCAAAUUCUCUAGUCGAUAAUCGAGAUUUAUUAUACACACAUAAUACGAGCCGACGAAGAUGACGGUAUAAAAAUGCGCGGAUGGUAGAGAAGCGGAGAGAAGCAGAAGUUGGUAUAUUAUUAUAACAACAACAUCAACAACAACAACAACAAUAAUAAUAAUAAUAGUAAUAAUAGUAAUAGUAACAACAACAACAACAAUAAUAAUAAUGAUGAUAAUGUUAUGCGAGAAAAAUAUACCCAACAUGCGGUAUCUGCACCCGAUAUAUAAUCCCGAGGUGUUGUAUACACAUGUGACUAUAACCGAAAGUAGGGGAAAAGACGUCUGUUAAAACAAAGAGAGAAAGAGAGUGAGUGAGAGAAUGAGAAAGAGAGAGAGAGAAAGAGAAGUGUUAGAUUUGCGAAUAAUCAUUCAGUAUUUAUGCGGACCCGCGGCAUGGCAGGUGAAAUUCUUACAUGUACAAAUAUCGGCGACAUUUUAAGUAUCUUAAUAUGAAGUGAAAACAAUAUGAAGGUGGAAAAGGUUGA